GGAGCCUCGCGGCGCGGCGCCGUUACUCGCGGUCGGGCGGCGGCGCAGGCGGCAGCGGCACAGCGCUCAGUGCACACCGCGCCUUAGCAGCAGCAGCUUCAGCAGCGGAGGCACCCCCACCCUCGCAGCCCCUGCGCUGGUGCAGCCGCCCUCCACCCUCUGCUCUUCCUCCCUUCGUUCGCACCAUGGCUGAUCAACUGACUGAGGAACAGAUUGCUGAAUUCAAGGAAGCUUUCUCCCUAUUUGACAAAGAUGGGGAUGGCACCAUCACAACAAAGGAACUUGGCACUGUCAUGAGGUCACUGGGUCAGAACCCAACAGAAGCCGAAUUGCAGGAUAUGAUCAAUGAAGUGGAUGCUGACGGCAAUGGCACCAUUGACUUCCCAGAGUUUUUGACUAUGAUGGCUAGAAAAAUGAAAGAUACAGACAGUGAAGAAGAAAUCCGCGAGGCAUUCCGAGUCUUUGACAAGGAUGGCAAUGGUUACAUCAGUGCGGCAGAACUACGUCAUGUCAUGACAAACUUAGGAGAAAAACUAACAGAUGAAGAAGUAGAUGAAAUGAUCAGAGAAGCAGAUAUUGAUGGAGAUGGACAAGUCAACUAUGAAGAAUUCGUACAGAUGAUGACUGCAAAAUGAAGACCUACUUUCAACUUUUCCCCCCCUCUAGAAGAAUCAAAUUGAAUCUUUUACUUACCUCUUGCAAAAAAAAAUCAUUUACUCAUUCUGUUUCUAUAUAGCAAAACUGAAUGUCAAAAGUACCUUCUGUCCACACACACAAAUCUGCAUGUAUUGGUUGGUGGUCCUGUCCCCUAAAGAUCAAGCUACACAUCAGUUUUACGAUAUAAAUCCUUUACUACCUGAAUGAUAAGGAAGCACUAGUGGACUCCUCGCAGUUCCAUUUGCUAAUGAUUAAUACACUGUUUGGGCUGGCCGGUUUUUCAUGCAUGCAGCUUGACAAUUGAGCACAGUCAGGCAUUUGUAUUAAAAACAAAAAAUGAAAAAAAUUCAAAACCUAUUUAAAUGGGUUCUAGUUCAGUUUGUUAGUAUAAAUGGUCAUAGCUGGUUUGCUGAAAGCAAACACAUUUAAAAUUGGUUUGCCUCAGGAUGUGUGUAGAAAAAUGGGUGAAGGAUAAACUGUCUAGACGUAGCCCACUAGCAGGAUGGUCCCUCUUGUACUUCCAUGUGCCCGACCUGUGGUGACGGUGACACACCCUGGUGGCGUGCCCACGUGUGUUGGUUUAGUGUUGCCUGCAUCGUACUAGAGCGAGAUGGGUGUCAGGCUGUCACCAUUCACACAAAUUUUUAAAAAGAAACUUUUACCAAGGGAGCAUCUUUGGACUCUCUGUUUUUAAAACCUUCUGAACCAUGACUUGGAGCCAGCAGAGGUAGGCUGUGGCUGUGGACUUCAGCACAACCAUCAACAUUGCUGUUCAAGAAAUUACAAUUUACGUCCAUUCCAAGUUGUAAAUGCUAGUCUUUUUAUUUUUUUUCCAAUAAAAAGACCAUUAACUUAAA